GAAAGGUCGUCUCCCAGGGUGACCAUUCCUUCGACGACCGUUAACCGUACUAAACGUAUUUUGAAUUGAAAACUAGGUCGUGACAUGGAUCGUAAAAAAAAAUGUGCACUUUUAUUAUUGCUUAGGAGAUACAAGAAAAAGAAACAAAGAAGAUUUUGGGUUCAUCCAUUUAUUACUAUUAUGAAUCCCGAUGGAAACUAUUUUCUUCUAAAAUAUAAAGCUUUGAAAACCGACGAAAAAAAAUUUUUGGAGUAUUUUAGAAUGAGCAUAUCUUCAUUCGAAGAGCUUUUAAGUUUAUUAUCACCAUAUCUUCAGAAACAAUCGUACAAGGGGAGAAUUCCUGUUAUGCCUCUGGAAAUGAUUGGCCUCACUAUCCGAUUCCUAGCGACCGGAAAUGAAAUCAGAAAUAUACAUUUAGAUUAUUAUCGAGGAAUAAGUACAGUUGCUAAGAUAAUACGAGUAGUUUGUAAUGCAAUAUGGAAAUUUUGUUUAAAUGCAAACAUACCAAAAAUAACACAACAGCUGUUUGAAGAAAUAGCUGCGGACUUUGACAAGAAAGCCAACUUCCCUAACUGUAUUGGAGCCGUUGAUGGGAAACAUAUUCGUAUUCGUAGUCCCCCAAAAAGUGGAUCACUUUUUUUUAAUUACAAGGGCUACAAUUCAAUAGUUUUGUUGGCUAUUGUGGACUCGAAAUACAGAUUCAUCUAUGUGGACAUAGGAGCAUAUGGAAAGGAAAGUGAUUCCACUAUUUUCCAUAACACGAAACUGUACGACUUACUGAUGAGAGGUGAUUUGCCUACACCAACAUCAAGGCCGUUACCGGGCUUUCAAGAACCGGUUCCAUUUGUUUUUGUCGGAGACGAAGCUUUUUCUAUUUCGAAUAAUGUCAUGCGUCCUUAUUCUGGCAAGCAUUUGUCUGUUAAACAAAGAGUAUUCAACUACCGUUUGAGUAGGGCAAGAAGAUAUGUCGAGUGUACUUUCGGGAUACUGGCCAAUAAGUGGCGAAUAUUUAACCGGCCCAUUAACGUUUCAUAUGAUUUUGCAAUAGAUAUUGUUAAGGCUUGUUGCAUACUACAUAACUUUGUAAUUAACCGUGAUAAAUUAGACACCACUAAUGAAAUGAUCAUAGAUGAUUCCGAACUACAACCACUUCAACAAGGGUUGAAUGUAGUUAGUCAGGUGGUAAGUGCAAAUAUAAUUAGAAACGAAUUUUCGGAUUACUUUACUAGUGAAGUUGGAGCAUUAAGCUGGCAACUACAAAAAAUUUAGAAUAUACAAUACGACUUGCGUUGUUGCUCGCGUUCUUGGUAAUAAAUCAAUACAACAGGUACAAAAGGAUCACAUCGUAAAACAUUAAAGUAACUCGCUGUCGACGCCUAAACACGUAAACAAUUUAAAGAAUAUUUUUUGUGCUUAUAUGAAUAGAAUGUUUGAUUUGUAGGUAGUAAAAAGUAAAAAAGUUAUACUUAAUAAAUUUAUUUGUGUACUUACCAAGUU